AUGUCGAUGGAUGAGUUUGAGCGACAGCUGAAUGAGCUGCGGGAGAUACGCAUACUCCAACAACUGGAUACUGUGGUGACCGCGGAGGAGGCGCAGGCCAGGGCUCUGGAGCGGCUCAAAGAGCUUGUGACUGCCCCGCAUGAAUCACAACGGCUGAGUUGCCUCUUUUCGACCGACGUGAGCGAGAGUCUCAGGGAGAUUGAGAUGUGCGCCUGCGCGUCAGUGGCGCCCGAGCCCCAACGCGCCACAACGCUCGUGCGGGACCCCGACAGCAACAUCAGCUACCGCUACACCGUGCUGCGUGACACGGACGCCUCGACCGACGCAGGUGCUGCAGACACGGGGCUGUCGCAGCCGACCAGUCUCCGGGAAGUGUUGUCUCAGCAAGCGCUGAAGUGGGCGCAAAAGGAGGAUGGCGAACCGUGCCCCCUCACCACCGGCACGAAUUUGCGCGAGGGGACCCACCAGGACCCCGCAGCGGACAACUGCAAUGAAACAAAGGCCAAAAGCAGGCUCUUUAUGAGGCUGGCGUGA